AUGGAAAAUUUAGAAGACGACAAUACCAAGAUUUUCCUGAACAAGAAGGGAUUGAGAAACAUGCCUCCUAUCUCAAGUGAAGUGAAGCAUUUGGAGGCUAGGAGAAACAUGAUAGAAAGCUUGGCUUUUCCCAGAUAUUCAGAACUUGAGUAUUUGGACGUUUCAGAUAAUGUAAUAAGCUCUAUGAAUCCCAUUUCAGGACUUAAAAAGUUAAAGAUUCUUGAUAUGGGUUAUAAUUUAAUUCAACACAUACCAAAGCUUGAGCUGCCAUCCCUAAACGAGCUGUAUCUGAUGUCAAAUGAUAUCUGCAGGAUCGAAAAUAUGGAUUUUGAAGAAUUAACAAAAUGUGAUCUGGCAAACAACGAACUCAAAACAUUGGAUGGCAUUAGGUGUUUGAAGCUUGAAGAGGGAUAUUUUGGUGCCAACCAUAUAAGUUGCAUUCCUGAUUUGAAGCAUCUACAACAGUUGAAAAUUUUAGAUCUACAGUACAAUAAGUUGGACGAGGUUGAUUGUACUCUACUUCCAAGGAGUAUUGAAGUGUUGCUUUUAAACAACAACAAGGGACUGACAAAGCUACACAACUUAGAUUAUCUUGGAAACUUAAAAUUACUUGGAAUCAAGAAUACAAAGGUCGCUGGGGACUAA